AUGGACGACCCCGGUUCGUCAUGGCCCGCCUGGAAAUUUGGCAUGAAGCGGGAUGAGCUCUUCACCAAGCUGCACGAUCAGUACAACACCUUUCCUUCCUCGAUCCAAGACCCCGAGGCGUUUCACCACGACGUCUACGAAAUCUCCAACACCGCGAGCACCACCGCUGAGUUCCAUCACCUCCUUGCAGACCGCAAGGAUCAACGUCUCCGCGAACUGAACAACAGUCUCGAGUCUGCCUCGCUGGAAAUCAUCGCCAAUCCCAAGCUCAUAGGCACGGAGCAGUGGCAGCAUGCUCUUCAACUCUUUCGAACGAAGUCUCUCGACUCGCUCGUGCGGUACUUCGCAUCCUACCUUCCGGAGGACCACUCCUGGCAU